AUGACCGAGAGCUCACGCCGGGGUCGCAAGAUAGCUCGGCGAGCUUGUGACCUCUGCCGGGAUCGCCGCAUUCAGUGUACCUUUUCAGAUGAAUCAGCCGCUGCUUGCCGAAGAUGCCUGCAAGCCGGUGUAUCUUGCACGUUUCUGACGGAACGGAAGCCUCGGGGCCCUCCCAGCCGGCAUGUAGUACAGGCUCGACAAAGAGCCGAGGCCAUACAACUGGCCAGCCAAAGCCCAAAUGCGCUGCCCAUUGGCCGCAUCACGGUUGCUCAAUUUCUCCCCGAGCCGGUCUUCCUGGCCAUUCUUGACGACUACCUUCAUCGAGUCUACCCGUUACUCCCGUAUGUACAUGUGCCGACCUUCGCCUCAAGGCUAGCUUCGCGUGACUACGAGCGUGACCAGUUGUUCUUCCAGCUUUGCUUGGCCGUCUGCGCUGCAACAAUAGCGUCGAUCCCGAGGACCUUGGAUUCUUACGGUAUCACGAGCUACAGUGAUACCGGCGAGAUGGUGGACAGAGCGUCGAAUCUAGUGCUCGUCGGCCGCCUAGCCCUAGGAACCAACUGGAUGGAUCGCCCUUCUGUGGAUUCAAUCAUCAUCUCGCUCCUUCUAGCCAUGGCAUCGCACUACGCUGGCAGAUCAAUCGCAGGUUGGGCGUACACCAGCGAGGCAAGUCAUUGUUUUCGCGAAAUGGAGCUUUACAAAGAAGAAUCUUAUGAAAAGCUCAACAAGAUAGAACAUGAUCGGAUGUCGUAUAUUGUCCCCCACACCGGCCUUGCAUAUGACCCAAAACAUACCAGCUGGGAGUUUCUACUACCGCUCGAGCUGAGUGAUGAACAGCUCCUAGAUCCAACAGCAAUCUCGACGUCUACCCCUGUUAUAUCUGGGUUUGUCGCUCUCAUCCACGUGUUUACAUGCAUGGUCGAUCUACUUGACACGGCCUUUCCCGGGGCCCCGUCAUAUUUCCGGCUCACAUCCUCGUCCCUCUCCGCCCGCCUAUUCGCAGACGCCAUUCAGGAACCCCAGCGUUCAAUUGGCUUCUCUGAUGACCACAUCCUAGACCCGCUCGUACUAGUCAUGGCAAGGCUCGAGGGAACUCUCAGCAAAGUCCCAGACUCGCUGAAGCUUCCCAGUCCAGGAAGUCCUCCUCUAUCACACCUAAUGGGCCCUCGAAAGGCGGAGCAAUUUGAGAUCAUGAGAGCGAACAUUCACAUCACUAGCAUCUACAUCCAAUCCAUGACUCUGGAAAUGUGCUUGAGUAAACUGGAAGGGAGACGCCCACUCUCUAGCAGCACCCAGGAGGCGGACUUGAGUCCCCAGAAUAGUGGACUCAUAGACCAGCUCUGGAAGAUGAGGGAAUCUGUUGCCCAAGAUCUCUUGAGUAUUGUCAACGUAUCCGCCCCUGCGGUUCUGGAAGCCAAUGGCAACUCGAUGGAAAGUAUUCCAAAUCCCUGUUCGUGA